AGGCCUUUAACAGGUAAAACCUAAGACAAGUUAGAGUGACUUAGACUCGGCUCGCGGACUCACUGUGAAAGAAGUUCUAGUUUCCCUACACGACGUCAAAGAGCACAUGCAGGAGCUGGACCAGGCCCAUCUCCUGAAGAUCGAAACAAUACUGAAAGAAGCGGCUACCGCCUCAUAUAUGUACAACAAGGAAAGGCAGAUAUUGGAGAGCCUCCUCUUCGAAACGAUGAGGCAUCGCUACCAUACGAUCGCCGAAGCCCAUCAACGCACUUUCCACUGGAUUUUUGAACCUUCGUACUUCCAUCCACAUGAUCCUCGAUCGAAGAUUCGCUUCAGAGACUGGUUGGUAUCCGGGCACGGACUCUACUGGAUCUCAGGAAAGCCGGGCUCAGGGAAGUCGACGCUUAUGAAAUACAUCUGCGACGCACCACAGACUAGCAACUGCCUCGGCGAAUGGGCUGGACACCACCGACUGAUUAGGGCGGCGUUCUACUUCUGGUCCGCUGGAACCGACAUGCAAAAAUGCCAACGAGGUCUUCUUCAACAACUGCUCUUCGAGAUUCUUCGAGCGUGCCCCGACCUUAUCCCGGUCCUUUGCCCACACCGCUGGGAAGGUGGAAGCGGCAGUGAUUGGAGCCUCAGAGAGCUUCAGGCAGCUUUCGAAAAGCUGGAAGCUUUGAAGGAUGAUACCAAGAUCUGUUUCUUCAUCGACGGUCUGGACGAGUACGAUGGAGAUGAAUCGGAGAUCAUCCAGAUACUACAGCACAUCGCGAGAUUACCUCAUAUCAAGCUAUGCGUCUCUAGCCGACCUUGGCCGUGCUUUGAAGACGCUUUCGGUCUCGAUGCGGUCUCAAAGCUAUACCUUCAUAACCUGACUGUGGACGAUAUUCGCCAAUUUGCUCGGGAUAAGCUCGAGGACAUCCCUGGCUCUGGCUUGCUCAAGCAAGAGCAUCAAGCCUUCGCUGAUCUCAUUUCCAAGAUCACUCGCAGAGCUCACGGAGUGUUCUUGUGGGUAUUCUUGGUCGUCAGAUCUCUCCGAAAAGGCGUGGAAAAUGGCGAUAACAUACCGUUGUUGCUACGUCGCCUCGAAGAAAUGCCUUCGGAUCUGGGGCCCUUUUUUGACAAGUUGAUCCAAUCCGUGGACAGCGUCUACCGGGAACAAAUGGCCACCAUGUUUGAAGUUGCCAUCCGAGCCCCGGAACCAAUGUGCAUAUUGACGUAUUGGUUUCUCGAUGAAGGCAGUUAUUCAACCCAAAAUGAGCUUCCACCCCCCGAUCUGCUCAGGAUCAUCGCGCUCGAGGACCAAAUGAAUCGUCGGCUGAGUGUACGUUACAAAGGUCUGCUAGAGGCCGCUGGAGUGCCGGGCGCACGAAAAGUCAACUUUAUCCAUCGAACAGUGCGCGACUACCUCCAAUGGAAAGGUGUGCAUCGACUGCUCGCUAGACAAGAUUCGCAGGCAGCAACAAAAGCGUCUAGGGCUCUGGCUAUGCACGCAGAGUAUUGUUCUCGUAGCAAGAGCGGGAGGGGGUUUAAUUCCCAGGACUUCGCCUAUUUCCUGGUUUUCGCUCGUUGGGCUGCGGCGGAGUCUGGCUAUUUCGAUUGGGCUCUUUUCAAAAAGGUAGAAGAGCACCAAACUGGAGCUUUCGACGACAGUGAUCCCCACAUCCUGGUCAAGACUGUGCAUUAUGGCUUCACUGCAUACCUCGAGUAUCGUCUGAGCCAGGACAGAACACUCAUCCAUCGCCUGUCGAAACAUUUGCUCCGGGCGGCAUUCGAUAUUCAAUCCUGGAGAGUCAAUAGUACCUUUGGCAUACAAUCCAGUUGCGAUACACUCUCCUGGCUCUUGCAUAAUGGGGCAGACCCGAACGUUCGGACAACGAAUGACACGCUCUUCGCACAGUUUCUAUCCGAGACUGGUGCGGCGGCAAGGAGGUCAACAAAGCCCUGGGCGUAUGAACAAUGGAAGAGGUCGCUCUCAAUCUUGCUUAGGCAUGGCGCAAAAUUCGACGAGGUGUUCGACGAUUCCCGAUUCAUCGAGGCGUUACCUCAGAUCGGGAUCAGCAAGAAUGGCGGUAUCUAUGAUCUUGCUGACACAGUGCUACUCAAGGGCGAGCCACUACGUCAAGGUCUCCACCGCCACUUGGAUAUCUACGCGCUGUUCCUCGAAAACGGGCUCGACCCGAACCGGCGAAUUGGAUCGUUCACGCUCUGGCAGAUGUGGUUGUGGUACGUAGAUCCCAGUGCCCUCUCUAGCAUGUCUUGACUGCGGAAAGCUCCUCCUGGGGGCCUUCAGUAGGUAAAGACUUGAGACAUGAUUGCGUGCCCUUCCCCCCGCGCCGCGCCCCGACCCUUUUUGACUGAGACACCCGCUAAGUGUACGCCACGUUUGCAGGUAUGUUUGCAAAUGGCAGAACGACCAUGGGUAUCUUGAAGAAAUAUGCGUUCGGGCAGUCAAGCUCUUGCUUGUCCACGGCGCGGACCCGUUCUACUCGAUUCGCUUCUU